AUGGCCGGCGCCGGGGUCGCGGAGGCGGCCAGGCCCGGAGCCCCGGGACUGGGACCUCGACGGGCCCCGGCAGGGCGGCGGAAGGAGGCGGAACCUGGGCUGGAGGGCGCCGAGGAGCCGCGGGGCGCCGGCCGUCUGGCGCGUCUCCGCGGGCAGCUGCGGGCGCAGGCGGCCGGGCCCGGGGGCGCGCGGGGGGGCGGCCGGGACGAGCCGUCGGGGCCGCGGCUGGCCGAGGUGGUGGAGCGCGUGGGCGCGGCCGGGGGCCCCGCGGCCGUGCCGCCCUCACCGGGCUCCGCGUACUCCGUGUGCUCGGUGUGCGGGGAGCCCCGCGGCGGCGCCACCUACCCGGCCGGCGUGCUGGAGGUGAGCGAGCAGCGCCUGCAGGCGGGCCUGGCCGGGCUGCGCGCCGAGCUCUCGGCCGGCCUCGGGGAGCUGCGCGCCGAGCUGGCGGCCGAACUGGCCGCGCUCCGGGAAGCCCUGAGCCGCCAGCCCCCUCCGCCGCAGGAGCCCCAGCAAGACGGGCCCGGGGGCCGCCGCCGGCCCGCCGCGGGCCCCCGCAAGGACGCGCUCCCGGGCCCCACCCGCGGCCAGGCGCUGCUGCGGGCCCUCGGCACCGUCAACGCCCUGACGGCCGCCACCUCCUCCAAAGCGAGCGCCGAGCCCCCCGGGCCCCGCAAGGACGCUCCGCCCGCCCCGGCCCCGGCCUCCACCCGCGGCCAGGCGCUGCUGCGGGCCAUCGGGACCGUCAACGCCCUGUCGGCCGCCACCUCCCCUAAAGCGGGCGCCGAGCCCCCCGGGCCCCGCAAGGACGCGCCUCCGGCCCCGGCCCCGGCCCCCACCCGCGGCCAGGCGCUGCUGCGGGCCAUCGGCACCGUCAACGCCCUGACGGCCGCCACCUCCCCCAAAGCGGGCGCCGAGCUCCCCGAAAAGAAAACUCCGAAGAAGUCGCCGGCGCCCCCCGCCACUGGCCCGGCGCCCGACGGAGACUGA